AUGUCAGCUGUUUCAGGGGCAUGUCUGGUGUCCAAAAAGGCAGGCAUGCUUCAUGUUCGAGAAGAUACUGCUCCUCCUACGUUAGAAUGGGUUGCAGUGGAGAAUCAGUCUGACAAGAUCUCUAUUGCCUUGAAUACCUUAACUAAUCUCCAAGCACCUAAGGAAACAUCCCCCAAAAUGAUGUUGAUUGUUACGUACCGACUCAAUGAUGAGGAUCAGCGGUUGAAAUUGACUUUUAAUAAUCGUCCCACUAUGAACUUUAUCAAGGAGUCUUUACAAACAAUUGUGGCUAGAUCAAGAACAGUCAUAAAGGAUGCCACUCCAACUUCACAAAUAGCUACUCCAGUUGACCUGCUGACCCCCGUACCUUCAACCCCAGCACCUUCGGCAAGUACUCCCGGACCAGAGGCUAUUUCUGCGUCUGGUGAUCGUAUAUCACUUUCGGAUUCUGCACUUUUGAAGAAUCAUAAGUUACAACAGAAACUCUUACUCGAAGAUAAAGUACUAUAUGAUACCUUCAAACAAUCUGUGAUUCAUUAUAAAUUAUCCCCCACUAUCUUUUGGUCUACAAGAAUCAGUCAACUUCGGACAUAUGCAUUAACAAUUUCUCAGCAUAGAGGUCCCUACAAUGUACUAUCUACAAUUAAACCAGUGGCCACCUCUGAUAACCAAGUGAAUGUUAAUGUAACAAGAGAUAUGAUUAAUGAGAUCUUUGAUACUUAUCCAUUAAUCCGAAAGGCCUUCUCUGAUUUGGUCCCUCUGAAAAUUCAAGAAGGAGAAUUUUGGUCUAGAUUUUUCAACUCCAAAUUGUUUAGAAGAUUAAGAGGUGAUAAAAUUAGGCCAAAUGAUAGAGGUGAUUUAAUUAUAGAUAAGUAUCUUUAUGUUGAUCCAGAUUUCUUAGAGAAAAAACAAGAAGAUGAUGAAUCCAUAAGGGAACAAAUAGCCACUUUAGGAGAACGAUCAGUUAAUAAGUUCAUUGAUAUAGCAGGGAAUGAAGAGGAUAAUUCCCAAAAAUUGGGGAAUAGACCAGAUUUCACAAUGAGAUAUGUUGAUAUUGACCCGAAAGUUAAACAGACCUUAAAUUUUGGAGGGCCAGGUGGGCAAGAAAAUGAGAUGGUUCUCUUGAUGAAGAAUAUGAAUAAGCUUUCAUCAAAAAUGAUUCAAAUGAGUGAAAAGAAUAGUGAUGAAGGGAAUAAUUCCAUUACUUCAUCAACAGAUACCAUCACCAAAUCUAAACCAACAGAUCUUUCUCAAGCAGAAUUCAAUGAAUUUGCAGAAGAAUUAGAUUUACAUGAUUUACAUGAAACCAAGCCCACACAAUUUGUGAAGUUAAAUGUUGGCAAGAUUGAAAGUCAACGUGAUUUAGAGAUUCAGGCCCAUUCUAAUCAACAACAUCUGCAUACUCCAAUGGACGAUAAAGCUAUUGAAGCAUAUAUUUCGAGCAAUAUAGUUGAAUCUGUUCCUGGAGGUAUCAGUUUAGCUGAUACCUUUGAAUCUAGGCAAGAAGAUAUCAAUAAAUCUGCCAAUGAGAUUAUUUCUUUAACUAAAUUGAAUUCAAGAGCAUAUAAGACUAAUCUUGGGAGUUCUCAUCUGGAUCAAUUGAGUCCCUUGAAUAAUAGCAUUACUAUGGAAGAUAUGCAGAGUAUUAUUAGGUUUAACAUCACCAUCACUGAAUAUUUAUCACAUUUCUGGAAGCUUUAUUUGUAUGGGGACAAUCCCAUACAAUUAAAGAAGCUUUUCGGGUCACUUCGAGACUACAACGAAUCACUUGUAGCUUUAAAGAAGGAGUAUAUAAGUAAAUUAAGAGCAAAAACAGGAUUAGUUGGUGAUCCCGAUAAGAUAGAAAAGCUAAUUGAGAAAGCUAUUAAAGAUUUGGAAAAUUGUUGGAGACCAAUGGAAUUGGAAUUGGCUAAAGCCACUACAGACUAUGUGCUUCAAGUAAGACUGCAAUUAAAGGAAGGUGAGACUAAUGAGAAUGGCAAACGACCAUUAGAGACGUAA